UUUACCCCUAAAGAUGUUGUGCCAAUGGGCCAACACAUUCUUAAAGGAUGGGUUCACCAUCCACACCACUUUGGGAGAAGAGCUUUUAGGCCAUCCAAAGAAGGUAGCUAUCUUUAGGAGGGAUGUGUAUGCCAUGACCAACAUGAAGGAGAUAUCGAACGGCUCAUUAGUGAUGUAUAUGAGCUACCUCUAUCAGGUUUUGAAGAAAACAAAGAUGCUGGAAAUGAUCGCCUUCAUAGACCCUGAUCACACUGGUGCACUUGCGUGUGGAAAUCCAACAGAACGAGCUCGUUCUCUAGCUGUUCGGUAUGGAAAUGGGAAGCCUGGCCAGGUUUUUCUAGUUCCAUAUAACUCAGGUUGUCAUUGGAUGUUGACGGUUGUGAACCCCGGUGAAGAAGUGGUGCACUUCAUGGAUCCAUUAAAGAGGCGACUCAUCACCGGUGAAUGGAAAACUAUUGUGGACGAUUCCAUCAGAAUAUACAAUGCACAGAAAAAUAAGAAAGGCAGAAAAAUAGUUCAAUGGAAAAAUUGUGCGGGCAUUCCGGAGCAAUUGGGCGAUAAAACUUGUGGACUGUGGAUUAUGCAUUACAUGAAAGACAUAGCGGAGGACAAAAAUCAACAGUGGAGUGCUAAGUGGGAAAGGAAAGCAAAUCACUUCUACACACAAAAAGACAUUGAUCAGGUCCGGGCCGAGUGGGCAAAGUAUGUCAGCCAAUUUCAGCAAAGCUAGUGUGUCGAGAAGAUUCUAAUUUUGGACAUGCAUCAUCUAUAACCCAUAUUAACUAGUUAUGCAGUUGGUCUAAGUAUCUAUUUUUGGCCUGCAAGUACAGUUUAUGAUCAGUAGCUAGUAUGAGAUAUCAGUGGUUUUUUGGGUUACAUUUGUUGAUCAUACCAACUGCUAUGGGUUAUUGAACUGAUGUUUAUUAAGUUUAGCUCCAUGAUGGAUGUAUGUAUAGCUCCAGGAACAGAUUGAUCAAAUAUUGGUAUUUUUG